GUUUUUGAGGUUAGAAUUCAAGCCAUAUUCCCUCGUUAUUUAAAAUCGGUUACAUUUAAAAUUAACUUAUGAUUGUGACAAACAAAAAACGCUAAAGCAGAACUUGAAACAGUCAAAGAUUCUCAAGACAAGUCGUCGAAAGUAGAAGAAGAAAGAAAGAAGAGGUAAUAUUUUAAGUGUCGCAAAUAUUGUGAAUGAUGAAGUUAAACGAAGUCCAAGAAAACCAACCUACGGAAGAACCAAACGAUGACGAGGAAGUCAAACCCAGUCCCAAAAAAGUCACCAGAGCCAAAAAAGCUCAAGAACCAAAAAAGCCUACAAGGGUGGCAAAAAACGCAAAAUCACAGGAAGCCGAUACGGUUGAAGAAAUAGUCAAACCAAUUCAAAAGAAAACUGCCAGAGGUAAGAAGGCUAAAGACUCUGAAGAAACUGAAAAGGAGCAAUCCGAAAAGUUUGAAAUGGUUGAAAAACAACCUGAAUACAGUCCAAAGAAAAGCAACAGAGGUAAGGCCAAAGACUCUAAAGAAACUGAAACGGAGCAAUCCGAAACCCGUCCAAAGAAGACAAUCAGAGGAAAGAAGUCCAAAGAGUCCGAAAAAACUGAAAUGGUUGAAGAACAACCUGAAGUCACAAAGAACACCACCAAAGGUAAGAAGGCUAAAGACUUUGAAGAAACUGAAAAGGAGCAAUCCGAAAAACUUGAAAUGGUUGAAAAACAACCUGAAUACAAUCCAAAGAAAAGCAACAGAGGGAAGGCCAAAGACUCUGAAGAAACUGAAACGGAGCAAUCCGAAACCCGUCCAAAGAAGACAAUCAGAGGAAAGAAGUCCAAAGAGUCCGAAAAAACUGAAAUGGUUGAAGAACAACCUGAAGUCACAAAGAACACCACCAAAGGUGAGAAUGCUAAAGUCUUUGAAGAAACUGAUAAGGAGCAAUCUGAACCCAUUCGAAAAAAAACAACAAGAGGAAAGAAGGCUAUUAAGUCCGAAAAAUCUGAAUUUGUUGAAGAACAACCUGAACCUAGUUUGAAGAAAACCAGCAGGGAAAAAAAGGAUAAGGAGUCUGAAGAUACCAAACAUACUGCCAAUAAGCCCACAAAAGGCAAGAAGGCUGUUGCUGCUGCUGAGAAAGAAAAAGAUGCACUCCAAGAACUUGAACCUUCCAAGAAGAUUGUUGAAGAACAUGCUCCCACUACCAAACGGAAUAAAAGGCCAUUAAAAACGGUUCAAUAUAAGGAAUAAGCCAGGUUCGGACAAAAAAAAACUAAAAUUAAAAUGAAAAAAACAUCUCGCAAAUUAAAACGCUCAAAAAAGUAGUUUUAGUUAUUAUAACGUAUAUGUUUUAUUUUGUUUUUAAGUUUCACUGUACAUACCUGUAUAUUUAACUUUAAAUAAAAAUCUCUUUAAUUAUAAUAAUAUAUUAGUUAAUAAAUCUUUAAAAUAUU